CAAAACUAUAAAAGGAAUCGUGAUUCAUGUUGAGAAGAAGAAAGGCGUACGAGAGAGAGGCCGAGAAAUAGCGGAGCAGCAGCCGACGCAGCUCGUUCUACAAAACCCUAAACAAGUGCUUCUUCUCCAUCGCUUUCGAUAUCUUCAUAUCUCAUUUCAGAUCCAGUGCUUUUCUCUUUGACUGAAAAAUGCUGUUGUGAGUAUUUCAUCACUUGGAAUAGCUUAUGGGAUCACGUACACUUGGGUUGGUCUGAAAACUUCUGUGAAUCGAAAGUGAUUGUAAGGAUUUUGAUGGGGGCUUUCUUGAGCUUGGGUGGCACCAGGACUAGGACAAGCGAGCACGACGAGAAUUCACAAAUUGAAGCCUACAAGAGGCAGCGGAUGUCUUUGAGCUUUAAUGAUGAGAGCCCAAGACUGAUUCCGAGCCUCCCUGAUGAGAUGUCGAUUCAGAUUCUUGCAAGAUUGCCUAGAAUUUCUUUUUUGAAUGCAAAAUUGGUAUCUCGGAGCUGGAGAACUGCUGUGACAAGUCAUGAAGUCUAUCAGGUGAGAAAAGAACUUGGAACGGCUGAAGAAUGGCUGUAUAUUCUGACAAAGACUGAAGAAGAUAAGCUUAUAUGGCACGCUUUGGACCCUAUGUCCAGGAAUUGGCAAAGGUUGCCGCCAAUGCCCAAUGUUGUUUAUGAAGAAGAAUCAAGGAGGGGCCUAUCUGGUCUUCGGAUGUGGAAUGUUGUGGGUUCAAGUAUCAAGAUUGCGGAUGUCAUAAGGGGGUGGCUUGGGCGGAAAGAUUCAUUGGAUCGAAUGCCAUUCUGUGGUUGUGCUGUUGGGGCCAUUAAUGGCUGCCUCUUUGUGUUAGGGGGAUUCUCCAGAGCUUCGGCCAUGAGAUGUGUUUGGCGGUAUGAUCCUCGUGUAAAUAUGUGGAGUGAAGUAAUGCCCAUGACCAUUGGCCGGGCUUAUUGUAAGACUGGUCUCUUGAACAACAAGCUCUAUGUUGUUGGAGGGGUGAGUAGGGGUCAAGGUGGGUUAACUCCUCUGCAAUCUGCUGAAGUAUUUGAUCCCUUUAAGGACACAUGGACUGAAAUACCGAGCAUGCCUUUCUCAAGAGCUCAGGUGUUACCGGCUGCCUUUUUAGCUGACAUGCUCAAACCAAUCGCAACUGGAAUGAUUUCAUAUCAAGGAAGGUUGUGUGUUCCUCAGAGUUUAUAUUCCUGGCCAUUUUUUGUUGAUGUUGGUGGGGAGAUUUAUGAUCCCAAGACAAAUUCCUGGGUGGAAAUGCCUACUGGUAUGGGGGAGGGUUGGCCAGCACGGCAAGCAGGGACAAAGUUGAGUGUUGUUGUAGACGGGAAGCUAUAUGCAUUAGAUCCUUCGAGUUCUUUAGAUAGUGGUAAGAUCAAGUUAUAUGAUCCUCAAGAGGAUGCUUGGAAAGUUGUUAUAGGGAAGGUUCCAAUUCGUGAUUUCACCGAUUCAGAGACUCCAUAUUUACUUGCUGGUUUUCUUGGAAAGCUUCAUGUCAUCACAAAAGAUGCCAAUCAUGAAAUUGCAGUAUUGCAGGCUGACUUCCAGAGUCAUGGAAGCUCUUUCCCUUCAACAUCAUCAUCUCCUCCUGUCAGAUCUUGUGAAAAAUCUGAUUCAUUGGCUGAAGCAGAAACAGACCUUUGGAAAAUCAUUGCCACAAAGAACUUUGGGUCAGCUGAAUUGGUCAACUGUCAGGUUCUUGGUGUCUGAUGAUAUGUUAGUGCCUGGAUGGGAAUAGUGCCUCAUGUAACAUUAGUUGCUUGGAAUCUAUUGAACAAUUCAGGAGCUGACACUACUGUAGUAUAACUUAUCUAGUAAUGUAUCUUUACAUUUUCUUCAAUAAAUCUUCACUAAAAUAAAAGUAGUUCAAAAGAAAUGGGAGCCAUAAGACUGUAGUAGCCUAUUUUCCUAUC